AUGCCUACCGAGGAUAGCCAAGGGACUCAGCACCAUACCCCUCAUGAGGGUACCUCCCAGAGCAGACCUUCAGCGGAUGCCAAUCUCCAGGCAGAACUGGAAAGCCUUCACGCUAGUGUCACCAAGAUGUCCAAGAAAUAUGACUAUCUUCCUGCUAAGAACGAACCUGAGCGUACGCAGCCAAACCAGCCAGUGCCCUCUCACCACAGUGCCCGAAUCCAGCCUAGUCUCAGCAAGGGUAAAGGCCCCCUCCAUCCAGAGACGACCAAGUUGCGGCUCCUUUCCAUCUCCUCAUCGAGGGAUCGGCCUCAUGAACCGGUGAAGGUCUACAGGGAUUGCAGAGACCGUAUCUUGGACCGUCAGCCAGACCCUGUUCCUAUCCCUGUUAAUCUCCAAGACCCAAAGAUGACACACCUAGGCCCCCGACCAAAACCCACCCACCUAUCAGCUGGAGAAGGUGCAUAUGACUCGAAGAACUGGGGCGGUACUAUUCAGAAGACUACGAGUCUUAUCAUACCGAGGCCCCCUGCUCAUCCACACCUCAGGCUUUCAACACCCGAGCCCCUCCCUCAUGCCUACCCGGCCAUGAGGCUUCUCUUUGAGAAGGUUCGGCGUGUGGAGAGCGAACAACAGCGCAACCACCAACCCCUCUGGGCAAAGCCACGACCUAGGCCCUUUACCGAACGCAUUCUUAAUUACCACCAGGAUAAGGACAUCCAGCCACUCCGCAUCGCCUUCUACACUGGCACGAAGGAUCCUUUCACCCACAUACAUUCUUUCCAGUCUGCCCUGGGGUGCAAGGGCCUCACUGACGAAGGCAUGUGCCUCCUUUUCCCUUCCACUCUUAGUGGUGCGGCCUUGAAUUGGUUCUACAGGCUGAACCCCCGCACCAUAAACUCAUUUGACAGUCUGAAGCAGGCCUUCCUGGACCAUUUCAUGAUCCAGACUGAUCGCCUAUACUCCGCGGACGACCUGAACAUGCUUCGACAGGGUGAGGAAGAGCCCAUUCGGGAGUAUGCAGCCAGGUUCAGCCAUGAAUACUCCCGCUGCCUGGAGACUGAUGGCCGCGCUGCCUUCGGUGCUUUCAAGAGUGGCCUCCGAGAGUCCAACUUUCGAUACCUGGUCCAUAGCAACCCUUGGAACACAUAUGCCGAGCUGAUGAAGCAGGCAGCAGCUCACGCUAAGGCUAUGUACUUCAACUCCAAGCGCAGCCCAGCCACCCUGGCGCGUAAUCCUUUUGCUGAUCCUCCACCUGCUUCAAUACCCAUCCUAGCUCCACCUUAA